UAAGAGCUCUCCUGGCACUGCAUUCUCAUUUUAAGAACAUAUUAAAAAUGUCUUCCAAUUUUUCUCUUACUGCGAAGAUGAGCUCCUUCAACAAUUAUAUUGCGAGUGUUUCUAAUCGUGAUCGUGUGUUGUCUGUUUUACAGUACACUGCGAUGUCUCUUUACGAACCUAUUGCAGCAUCUGGUUGCCCUACUCUGUCCGCCAAUUUCAAGCUCAUUCAUGACCUCUGCAGUCAAUACCGUGCUAUCACUCGCUUUUCGCAAUGGUUUGUAGUUCUUCCACAGCUUACCCCACAGGGUAUCUAUGACACAAUCAAGUCUAAUCCGACUCCUCUGAUUGGGAUACUUAAGACAAUUUCAACUGCAUUUUUCACGGUUUUUCUCUUUGGUGAAGAGGUCUGUCUUUUUGCCAAGAAUAAGAUGGUAAAGCCCGAGAUUGGGAAGAAGUUCAAUCGAAUCCGUUUUGUAUUUCUCUUUUGGUCUAAUGUGGCUCGUCUUAUCAUGAAUUACCUGCUGCUUAAGCGUGGCACAGAGGGUGUCAUCAAAGAUUCUAAGAAACGUGACGAACACCGGCGUAAGGUGCUUAAUGUUGCCGAUGGAAUUCUUAUGACUCUGUUCGCUUAUGGAUUAUUGAAGCAUUCUGCUGCCACAGGGCUGAGGGGCCUUCCAAAAGCUAUCAAAUCAGGAGACUUGGUUGGCAUUAUCACAAGUUUUGCUCCCCCUGUGGAGCUUCACAACACACCGCACGGGAUUUUGGGCGUUGUUGCAUCAGUUCCUGGGUUUAUGUUGAGUUUUAUGCAGUAAAUCUGUUGUUUCUUAAAAAAAUAUUAUUUUCGGCAAUAUAUAUGCUGGAUUAGAAGAGUAUAAUUUAAAGUUGUUUAAUGAAGACUUGAGGAGGCGAUAUAUAAGGUGAUGAGAAACUUGGGACGACUCCAGUCUACUUUUCGCGUAUUUUGAUAGGGUAAAAUUUUAGUUAAGGUUUUAUAUUUUUAUGCUCCACCUGUGCAGAAUCGUGUAGUCUGAUAGCUAUAGCAGGAAAACCCAUCUAACUUCCACUUGUAAGUGUAAGCCUUGACAAAUAAUGAAAUCUGAUGUUAUGGAUGGGAUAAGAAGGAAUAUCGUCUUGUUUUAAUCGAAGGAGAGACAUAUGAUGUAUUAUGAAAUUCAAACCCAUAGGAAAAUAAUUUUUGGCGCCUAUAACUGAACGAGCAUUUAAAACAUCUAGUUUUUGUUAUGCGCGUGUACUUUACCCUUUUUCUUUAAGGAUCACUCAGAAAGUGACAAUUAAUUGUAAAUAAAAAUUCGUAUUUAUUUCCUAAAACAUAUAUCAUAAAGUCUUUCUUAAUCAUAAGCAGCAUUUACACAGGAUCUUAACCACUUUCAUUAGA